UUCAUGGAGCUCCAAAAAAUAUCUUAUCACAAAACAAUACCUCAAACUUCUCUCUCCACAUCACAACUAUAAAAGCAAAGCAAUCCUUCCUCAACAAACCUAAAAGAAUCAGCACAAGAAAGAAAGAAAGAAAGAAAGAAAAACCAUAUAGUUAAGUUAUGGAGGAAGAAAGCCAAUUAAACACAGUGCCUAAAUACUUCACUCUCAAAUCGAGGCAAAAUGGUCGUUAUCUUCGUUACAUUAACGACGAUAAGACCAUGCAUGGGUUUCUCAAGUUCUCUGGAACUCAGGUCGUGAGCCCUUUCGCCAAGUUUGAGGUCGAAAAAGCUAAAGAGAAAUCUAACAAAGGUCUUGUUCAUGUCAGAUGUUGUUACAACAACAAAUAUUGGGUUCGAUGGUCGGAGAAAUCCAAGUACAUUGUCGCAACGGCGAACGAACCCAACGAAGACAAAACAAAAUUCUCAUCGACACUGUUCCAACCGAUCUACGACCAAGAUCGAAACGUCUUCCGUUUCAAACACGUACAACUCGACCGAUACAUUCAGCUACGACAACACAUCACAAGCCAGUUCCAAGACGCUCUGUUUGCCGACAGCUCGGGAUUCGAAGACGACGAGUCAGAUCUCUUAACAAUAGUCGAUUGGUCCACCUUAUUCGUCCUUCCAAAACAUGUAGCAUUUAAAGGCGACAAUGGAAAUUAUCUCAAAGUCCAUUCUUCAGGGACCAAAUAUUUAGAGUUUUCAGGAUCGGAUGUGGGAGAUCCAAGAGUGGGAAACCAAAUCUUCACCACAUCCGAUGGACAUGUGAGGAUUAAAAAUGAUUACUUGGAAAAAUUUUGGAUUCGUGAUCCUAAUUGGAUUCAUGUGAAAGCUAGUGAAAGUGAUUUCGAUGAUCCGAAUACUCUGUUUUGGCCUGUUCGGCUUGGCGAUGGCCAUGGCGUGGCACUUCGAAACAGAGGGAAUGAUAAGUUUUGCAAGAGGCUGAGUACAGAGGGGAAGGAUAAUUGUUUGAAUGCAGCUGUGGACAGCAUCAGUGCUGAAGCUAAGCUCCAGAUUGAAGAACUUGUCAUUUCUAGGACCAUUUAUGAUGUCAAUUUUCGAGUUUUAGAUGCUCGGUUCUACGACGAGACGCCCAUAACUAUGGUAUCUAAAGAGAUGGUGAACAGAAACAGCGAACCAGAGCUGCAAAAACUGAAGCUUCGGUAUGAGGAUACGAAGUCGUCGACAUGGACGAACUCGGUGGGGAUGAAGUUAGGGAUGAAAAUGUCAAUUGAAUCAGGAAAUCCAGAGUUAUCAAGUCAAGAAGUAGAAAUAUCAGCUGAGUUCAAAGAGGAAUAUACAUGGGGUGAAACUAAAGAAACCAAGUCAAGAAGGGAAGUUGAACACCAAGUCACAGUACCACCUUACACUAAAGUUACAGCCAAAGUGUUAGCCACUAAAGGAUUUUGUGAUAUUCCAUAUUCCUACACUCAAAGGGAUGUUCUAACCAAUGGCAAGGUUGUAAUCCAACACUUUGAUGAUGGGAUUUAUAUUGGAAGCAAUUGCUAUAACUACACCUUUUCCACAGAACAAGAAGAUCUCUGAUUCAAGACCAGAAGUAUUAAUUAUUUUGAAAUUAUAAAACUUAUCCCAUGUAGUAGUACUAAAUAAUGCCCUAGCAGCUGCUGCUAUAUAUAUGUAUAUGCAGCUAUUUGAAGAAUUUGCUUUUGUGUGUUGUUUUUUUUGCUUUUGCAAUGUGUGUGUGUUGAUAAUCUAUGUUUUGAAGCCAAUAAAAUGUAAUCCAUGCAUGUUCUUGUUUAAUUUCAA